CGUAGAGCAAAAUAGGUUCGGAGCGGUAUUGGGGAGUUGGGAGCUCAUGCGCCGUUACGAUUCAGUACACGAAGGCCAAAAGGAAGUCGGACUCAGGCAGGGAUACUGUCUUCGAUUUGAGGGAGCGCGAAACAAUGUUAACUACACAUUCAGCGUAUUCAAAUCCCAGAUCCUGUGUCUACGCAUAGCCUCAGGACGGAGAGCCACCAUAAACCACCCUCUAACAUCUUCUCCUUCGAAGUUCCAGACUGGUUUCAAAAAAAUAUAUUCUGUAUGUCCUGUAGGCAGGUAUAUUAAUGUAGAAUCAACGAUAGUGAUGUUUGUGUUGAACAUACCAAUUCCUCCUUACUCCUUACUCUCGAUGGCCUCCCUGACAUACUUGCAAGCGGAACAUGACCCUGACUGGUAUUUCACCCACGUGUCGUGGGUGAUAUUCUGUGUCACGCCUCCCUUCGUAGUAGCUGUACCUCUUCCCUCGCAAGUUUCGGAACAUUUGGGGCAGUAACCAAUUCUCGCGGCUCUCUUCGUCGAAUUGCCGCAUUGGCAGUGAUGCAAGCAGGGGAAGGGCGGCAUGGUAUAUGUGAUUGAGUGACUGCGAUGUGACUUCGCGCGAGGGUGUUAUAGAAAAAUGGCUCAGUGAAACGGAACAGUGCCAGAGAGAUGUAGUACAGUCCUAGCAGUGG